AUGGACUCUCCGACCGAGCCGAUCGUGGGGACCUUCGCGCCGUCGGUGGCCCCCCCCGUAUCGACCCACCCGGACUGCGAGGACCCCGUCGGUGCGUUCAACCAGUGCGGAGGAGCGGGGUACGAGGGAUCCGCCUGCUGCCGGACCGGCUACGACUGCGUGGAGAUGGCAGACUGCUACUCCGAGUGCCGUCCCCGCGGCGACCGCUGCUCUGAGAACUGGGGGCAGUGCGGAGGACUGCACUGGGAAGGCCCCGAGUGCUGCUGGCCCGGCGCCCGUUGCGCCGAGCGCACCGAGUGGUACCACCAGUGCAUUCCCGAGGAUACAGCCGCCUGA